GGGGUCCUGGCGCCGCCAUAUUGCAGUCAGUUCCCUUGUUGUUCUGUGGAUGUGAAUGAGUAGCGGGAGAGAACCAUUUAAAAAAAAAAACGCUUCAGCUCUGCCACCUGAAGCACCCCCACUAACACUUGCUGAAGGACUGAGAGCGUGUGGUGACGAGAAAACGCUGAAAGUUCCCACAUCCAACUUGAAGGUGCAGAACUUGGGGACUGUUGAAGUAAAACCAUGUCCGGGAUUGCUUUGAGUCGACUUGCGCAAGAAAGAAAAGCCUGGAGAAAGGAUCAUCCUUUUGGCUUUGUUGCAGUACCCACAAAGAAUCCAGAUGGUACUCUAAACUUAAUGAACUGGGAAUGUGCUAUUCCUGGUAAAAAGGCAACGCCGUGGGAAGGUGGGCAGUAUAAGCUUCGAAUGCUGUUUAAGGAUGACUACCCCUCAUCGCCACCAAAGUGUAAAUUUGAGCCUCCAAUAUUCCACCCGAAUGUGUAUCCCUCUGGUACUGUGUGUCUAUCCAUUCUAGAGGAGGAUAAGGAUUGGAGGCCUGCUAUUACUAUUAAGCAGAUAUUACUAGGAAUUCAAGAACUUCUUAACGAGCCAAACAUUCAAGACCCAGCACAAGCAGAAGCAUACACAAUCUACUGAAGGUCCUGCUGCCUCUUUAGAUUUCAACUAGCAACAAUCCUUUCUGCAGUCCAGUUUUGAACAGUGGUUGCCUCAGGAGCCUUUGGAAUCAUGAGUUAAUGAUGCACUCUCCAAGUUUGUCCCUGGCCAGAUACAUAAUUAUUUGGAACAGUGCAUUCACAUGUACAGCAUUGAAGAGCGAGACUGUGUAGUAAAAGCUGAAGAUACAGAUUCCAGGGAAGAAAAGGGAAUUUAUGUGCUUUGUUUUUGUUAAUUGUUGGAAUAUUUUUUCAAUUGGAAAUUCUGAUAGUGGCUUAUCUGAUGUGAUAUCGUGGUUGAAAAUUAUGGCCAGAGCUUUAAAAGAAAACUUUUGGGUGAUGAUAGCUGAUCAAGGGAUCUCUUGAGAUCUCUCUGUUCUCGUUCCCCCUCUGCUUCUCUCCACACCCCCAUGAAUUAAAUAUAAUUUACAGUCAAUCCCCUUAAUUUUCAUCCAUUCCAAUUGACCCAGAACAGGCACUUGCUAAAAGAAUAAUAAAGAAAACAUCCUUGGAACACUGGUACAUCCAUUUCUUUGUUUAUAUUUUUUGAUGGAUAAAACAACAAAAAUAAAAUGAAAAAAAAACACAAACCAGUAUUCCAGGGUGUGACGCUGUAAACUUGUACAAUACUUUUAUAUCUUUUUUUCAUAGUCCAUUGGAUUUUGAGUAUGAAAUUAGCAUGUCUUUAGAAAACAUGCUAAUUUUAAUGUCUGCCCCCACCCACCUACCCAAACAAACCCUAUCCUGCCCCUUCACCUCCCUCCAGAAAAGAAACAAUAAACAAAAAAAAGUUGAUAGUUGUAAUGGUUGCCUAUUGCAUGGCCUCGUGCGGUUGGGACUAUGUAGUGUUUCUGUGUCUUAAGUGUGUCACCUUGCUCACCAUGUUGUAAGGUUGGAAGACCUUAAUUGUGGUUAUUGCAUGAUCAAAUCAAUCUCUGAAAACCCAUGGUUAUAAUCUUUACUCCACUCAAGUCACAGUGAUCUUGGGUGAAGCCAGCCUAAUAUUUUGAUUCAAACAGUAAAAGUGCCCUUGCAUUCCCAAACCUCCAGUACUUUGUCUCUCUUUUUUUAAUCCCUCAAAUAGGAAAUUGUGGUCUUUUACUGAACCAUGAAGUUUUUGAGCUAACUCUCUCAUACUUUUCAAAAUAGUGUUUGAGCAUUGCACCAAGCUCUUUUUCAAAAAAAAAUCAAAAAUAAAAAAAAUCUGUGGGUUAAAUAUGAAGGGUGUUCUCAACAAGUAUUAAAUGUUUUGUAGAUUUAUGCAAUUGUCUGAACUUUGUAAUUGCUUUUAGAUUUUAGUAGAAAUGUAGGCUUAGGUUAGGUGCUUUCUUUUCUCUUUCUCCCUUGCUCCGAUUUGUGUUCAUCUUCAUUCAAAACUUCACGACUGGUUUGCCUCUAACAUCUGACCAAACAGGCACCAAAUGUGGGUGAUUGCUUAAGUAAAACUGAGAACCAGUUUGUUACUUACCAGUCUUGAUUUGCCAUAGUUCUGCUAUCUUUGAAUUACAAGAGCCGCUGUUACUUGUAUACCUUGCUCGUUUACCAUAGUUUUUUUCCCCAACUAGACAAAGUACUGAUGGAGCAUGCAUGGCAGAGCAUCUGUUUGAACAUUUAAACUUCUAAAAGUUUGACUGAAGCUUUGUUUCUUUUUUUGGCUGUGUCUCUUGUCUAUUUUUUUAAUAAUACCCCGAAUGAAUUGUCGUUGGAGGAGUUUGAUGUGCGCCAGGGUUCAAUAUUAAAUGUUAAUUGACCAGCUGGCCCACAGCAUUUCCUCAUUGGCCCGCCAACAUCUUGUGGGCUCAAAGAUUGUAACUUUGCUUUUGUAUACAAUGGUGUUUGAGUCUGGAGAAACAGACAGAAGUUUAUUGUAUCAGCACAUGAGCUCAGUCUGGUGUGUAUACUCUUGUUUGAACAGCUUCCAUCAGAGUUGGACACACAACCUGCUUUUAACUGGUCCAAUGCUAGGUUGCUUGUUUAUCCAGGCCAUUAUUCAUUUUGAAGCCUGAUUGUGUGAAAUGUAUACCAUUCUGUAAUCUUAAUACAAUAUGCUGGAAUGUGAGACAUUAUUGACAUGGAAUCUGCUGCCUUCCCAAGCACACCUUUCCAAAGGCCAUGUUUGCUCUCCUUAUCUCUUGCUUGCCCGAUAAGUGAAAUUGUAAUAUUGAAGAAACAGCUCGGACAGCAAGAAAAAUGCGCUUGUUUAAAAUAAAUUUCUAAUGAAUGGAAAGUUUAAACAUGAAGAAAUCAUUCCAUUGUUGAGGCUCAAGCUGCCUCUGAGCACCAUGUACCAUUGCAGCACAUGCACCAUUUCAAUCACUGAUACCUCUGUUUGUAUGCUGUUUGUUAAUGUAUUUGUGUUUAGAAAAAGAAAUUAAAAAGCGAAAAGUAA